UCAAACAACCCAGCCCCGACGGGCUCUUCCUGGGGACAACAGGAGAAGAAAAGCAGGCAGACAACGUGGAAGCUGUAGGUACCCAAGGAAGUAAGAAAACAUUUCUCUCUCUGGGAUUAUGCUUGGAAUAUGUGACAGAAAUGUCAGAAAUAAAGAAGAAAACCACUAGAGUUUCUCUAAAUAUCAGUUCCCCAGUUAAUGAAACCUCCAGUAUCAGAUCAAGUUACUCUACCUUAGUUCAACCAUUGCUUAUUGACCCCCACAGGAUGCAGAGCCCUUGCAGCAGCAGCCUGUCGGGGUCCACUUGUGCUGUAGCCCCUGUGUUUACCAAGCAUCUUCAAGACAUCUCUACAACCAGAGGUCAGUUUGUCGUGUUUGAAUGCCGAGUCCAGGCCACAGCCACAGUUCAAGUUCACUGGUACAGAGAGAAAGAGCAGAUAGCAGACUCAGAUGACUUCCGAAUUCUGAGGAAAAAAGCUUGUUUAUCAUCCAUUCCUGAGGAGGUGUGCACCUUGAUUAUCACAGAAGCAUUUCCUGAAGAUUCUGGGCAAUUCAAAUGUAUUGCAGAAAAUGAGGCUGGGACUGCAGUCUCCACAGCACGACUCUUUGUUUCCCCAGAAGGAAGAGAUCUGGAGAAAUCAGAGCGUUCUCCAAAGUCACCCAUGAGGAAAUUUUCUCCAAAACUGGCCUCCUUUCCCUGGAGCAGUGACAGCUACAUAAAGGAAAAAAAUUCAGACAACACCCCAAUAAACCUUAUGCCAACUAUCCCUGAAACAGGCAGUCACACCGAACAUGAGGUCCAGGUUCCAAAGAAGGAUUUCUGUACCACCAAUGAAAAUUCCUCUGAACUACAACCACAAUGGUAAGGGCAGACAGACCUAACACUCACUCAUUCAAUAUGUUCUGGGUUCUAUAUACAGAACAAAGCACAUGGCUAAGCUCCUGUCCUCAGGGAGCCUGCAUUCUGAGAUGGUUCACUCUACCUGUCAUUUCUCCUUUACCCUCUAUCAUGCAUUUCACCAGGGCAGAAACAGUAAGUGAUGUUCUUAUAUCCACAUUUAAGGGUUUGCUAGAGACUUACUGAAAAAAAUAAUCCAGGGAGUCCCCAUUCUGGCGCAGCAGAA